AUGGGGCCCCCGGGCAAUAGGGGAUCAGGGGCCCCUGUGUCCUUGCCCAAACUCAAAAAAGCCUAUGAAAAAGGUACCAGGGGCAUCACAUGGGGCCCCCUACUGACCCUGGGCCCUCGGGCAGUUCCCGAGUUUCCAAAUGGUCAGUCCGCCCCUGGUUCCAACAAAUAUCAGUUGUUGAACUGACCAUUUAAUAUAACAGAUAAUCACCUUGGAGAGCUGCUUCUCUCUGUUUUGUGUGUUUCAGUUGUUUGUGGUUGCUCAGAUAAUGUCUCUAUUGAUAUCUGGACAUUUCUGUUUCCUGAAUUCGAGGUUAUGCUA